AUUCGCACUGUAAAUUCUGCUCGAAAAUGCUUUCGGGUGCUACUUCGAAUGCGAAACUUGUUUUAUUAUAUUUUUCUCUGUCGAAUGUAAAGUUGGUGCAUAUGCUUUUGCUCGAAACAACGACGAUAAAAGCUGCGUCCGAUUUACUUAUCACCUACCGUAUAGUCAAUUCUUUUCCAACGCUAUCAACAUUCAUGUGCGCGAAGCCAAGAUUUUCGAGUGGUAAGAUCGAUGGUUAGACUCGAGAUCUCGAUUACUCGAACCGGAACGUUUACGAGAAUUCAAAACGCAACGAUUAAGAUUUAUAUUAAUUGGAAAAGGAAGUUUAUUCGAAUUCAUCCUCGUUCCAAAAUAAUAAUUCUUCUUUGGACACGUUAUUCUCAAGGAAUUUCUCCCCUCAAAGGCCAAAUAAAAAUAUUUGCUGAUAGACGACGAGCUUGGACUCCCUCGAAGUACGCAAACAAUAAGGAAGACUCGCGAUUACCCGGUUGAUUCAUCACGAUGUCGACGAUUCUCUACAGAGCCUUCGCCGUUCUAGUCAUUUUCAGCUCUGCCAAAGCAGAUUCGUGGAGGCAAGAAGAGCUGCGAUUCGUCACUGUCGUGUUUCGUCACGGUGACAGGGCUCCGGAUAACAACGGCAAGGAAUUGUAUCCGAACGAUCCAUACUUGAACUAUAAUUUCUAUCCAAUGGGCCUCGGUGGACUGACCAACAAUGGUAAAAUGCGAGAGUACGUUCUCGGGGAACAGCUUCGCCAUAGAUACAACAAUUUCCUCGGUUCGGUUUACCUACCCAAAGAUAUCGUUGCUAGAAGCACCGAUUACGCGAGGACCAAGAUGUCGUUAUCUCUCGUACUCGCUUCACUCUAUCCACCGGACGGAUUACAGCGAUGGAAUUUCUGGCUGAGAUGGCAACCGAUUCCGAUCACUUAUGUACCGGAUGCACUCGACGUUCUGCUCAUACCGGAAGAGUGUCCGCAAUACCUCGAGGAGCUGAAUCGUGUUGUAAAACUGCCGGAGGUGAUGGAACGAGUCAAAAAGUUCCGUCCGCUCAUGAAAAAUCUGACGAUUUUAACCGGCAAGAAAAUAGAAAAUACGAAUCAAAUGUAUUAUCUGUACCACGAUUUGAUGGCGGAGAAGUCGAUGGGUCUAAAAUUGCCGAAAUGGACCGAGCCUUUGUUCCCUUUCGGCCCUCUGUGGAACGCUACUAUUCUCGAGUACGAUAUCACCAAUUACAACGAUUUGCUCAAAAGGCUGAACGGAGGAAUGUUGCUGAGGAGAAUCUCGGACGAUAUUGUCGCAGCGAUAAAAAACGAGACGAAACCAGCCCGAAAAAUGAAUAUUUUCAGCGGACACGAGACCAACAUCGCUGCACUCCUGAAAACUCUUGGUGUGUACGAGCCCCAUGUUCCUGAAUACUCGAGCGCCGUCAUCGUCGAACUUUUUCAACGAGGCGAUCAAUAUUACGUCCAGGUACUGUACUACCUCGGAAUUCCUGCGACUAUAAAAAUCAUGACUGUUCCGGGCUGCCAACAGCUCUGCCCGAUUGACGAUUUCUUCGAAUUAUUGGACAAAGUUAUACCGACGGACGAUGAGCUCUACUGUCCAAAGUGAAUUCAUGCGCUCUCUGCUUCUUCUGCUUUUUCCAAGUCAGAGACCGAGAGAGGGGGACAACAACAUUUUUUAUACAAUCACUGAACGCGUUCUACCUCAUUGAAUAACAUUGGCCACCAAGAAAGUAUUAUUUUUACGACGGUCUCUCUUAUUUCGUUAUCGUAAUCGCCGCUCAAUCAUCUCUGGUUUUUCCAUUUUUUCACGUUGACGCGUCGUAAUCCAGUAUGAUUUCCGAUGUUUUGAACGGUUUCUUCUGAACAUUUUGAACGACAUUGAACAGUUUGUGUGAGCCGAGUCUCUCGAGACGAAACGUCUCAUUCUGUUUCAUCAUCGCCAUACCGAUAAAAAUUCCUGACUACGCUGCCGCCGCUUCAUCUUCAGUAAUUCGGUCCUGCGAGAGUAAAUCGAAAAAUGUAUUGAAAACGUCGAUCUAUAGUAAGGGAUUCUCAAAAAAUUAAACUACUUUUUGAAACUA